AUGUUGCCUGACAGAUUUACGACCGUGGACCCGUGGGAAGACCGUGGACCCGUGGGAAGACCGUGGACCCGUGGGAAGACCGUGGACCCGUGGGAAGACCGUGGACCCGUGGGAAGACCGUGGACCCGUGGGAAGACCGUGGACCCGUGGGAAGACCGUGGACCCGUGGGAAGACCGUGGACCCGUGGGAAGACCGUGGACCCGUGGGAAGACCGUGGACCCGUGGGAAGACCGUGGACCCGUGGGAAGACCGUGGACACGUGGGAAGACCGUGGACACGUGGGAAGACCGUGGACACGUGGGAAGACCGUGGACCCGUGGGAAGACCGUGGACCCGUGGGAAGACCGUGGACCCGUGGGAAGACCGUGGACCCGUGGGAAGACCGUGGACCCGUGGGAAGACCGUGGACCCGUGGGAAGACCGUGGACCCGUGGGAAGACCGUGGACCCGUGGGAAGACCGUGGACCCGUGGGAAGACCGUGGACCCGUGGGAAGACCGUGGACCUGUGGGAAGACUGUGGACCUGUGGGAAGACUGUGGACCUGUGGGAAGACUGUGGACCUGUGGGAAGACUGUGA